AUGGAUGAAAAUGAAUCUGGCGAGCAGUUUCAUCGGAAUGAAGCCAUAUCGGCUGUAGCUGACGAGGGUUUCCUUGGCGAAGAGGAAGAUGACUACGAAGAUCUGUAUAAUGAUGUUAAUGUUGGUGAGAACUUUCUUCAGUCGAUUAGGAAGAACGAGGAUAAUCUAGGUCAGAGAAAUGAGCAAGUGCCGGAGAACAAGGCCGAGCCGAUUCCUCCGCCGCGUCAAGCACCGCAGCCGGUAGUGGAGAGUCGGGGUGGGGCUGUGCAAGACGAGGGAGAGUCGACGAGGGUUCCUGUUGGAGCAGAGGCGCAUCAGAAUUUGGGGUUUAGGGGGAAUAAUAGUAGUAACGAGAUUGGGGCUGGUAGAGGUUUGGGGGUGACAGGUGGAAGUGGAUUGGGGAUUCCAGGUGCCGUGGGGCUUAGGGUUGAACUAAAGCAGUCAUCCAACAAACCAGCUGAGUUCGAAGAGCAGACUGUGAAUAACAGUACUCCAAAUAGUCAACAAAUGGUUCAGCAUCAGCAGCCUCGUGCAGCCAAUAUUGUAGCUGCAGCAAACCCUGUAAAUGUUGCAAUCGGGGGGAAUGUGCAUGGGACUUCAGGAUACAUGCCUGGAAGUGGCGUAGGCGGCGGGACUGGGGCUGGUGCAGGUGGUGGUGGUGGAGGAACAAUUCUUUUUGUUGGUGAUUUGCAUUGGUGGACAACUGAUUCUGAGCUGGAGGAGGAGUUAAGCAAGUAUGGGCCAGUAAAGGAGGUGAAAUUUUUUGAUGAGAAAGCUAGUGGGAAGUCAAAAGGGUACUGUCAGGUAGAUUUUUUUAACCCCGAUAGUGCCACUGCUUGUAAGGAAGGAAUGAAUGGGCAUAUAUUUAAUGGACGGCCAUGUGUAGUUGCAUAUGCCUCGCCCUAUAGUAUUAAGAAAAUGGGUGAAGCUCAGUUGAAUAGAAACCAAAAUGCAGCCCAGCCAGCAGUUAAUCAACCGCGAAGAGGGCCUGGAGAUGUGCCAGGUAAAUCUGGUGGCGGUGGCGGCAACAUGGCUAUUAGUGGGAAUUAUCAAGGCAAUGGUGAUGGUCACAGAGGUUUUGGGAGAGGGAAUUGGGGUAGAGGUAAUGGUCAAGGAGGUAUGGGAAAUAGGGGGCCUAUGGGGCCAAUGAGGAACAGGGGUGGUGGAAUAGGUGGUCGUGGUUUAAUGGGAAAUGGUAAUGGAUUUGCGCAGGGGCUAGGUGCCACUCCUCCAUUAUUACAUCCUCAAACAAUGAUGGGUCAGGGAUUCGAUCCUGCUUUUGGAGGCCCCAUGGGGCGAAUGGGUAGUUAUGGAGGAUUUCCUGGUGCGCCUACCCCACCCUUUUCUGGAAUGUUAUCUUCAUUUGGACCUGUUGGAAAUGUUGGUUUGCCUGGUGUUGCUCCCCAUGUGAAUCCGGCAUUUUUUGGGAGAGGGAUGCCCAUGAAUGGUAUGGGCAUGAUGCCUGCUCCUGGAUUUGAGGGGCCUAAUAUGGGCACAUGGUCGGAUCCUAACAUGGGUGGAUGGACAGGCGAUGAGCAUGGUGGGAGAGCAGGAGAGUCUAGUUAUGGAGAAGAAGCUGCAUCUGACCAUCAGUAUGGAGAAGGGAGUCAUGAUAAAGGGCCUUGGCCAAAUGAUACAAAAGAGAAGGACAGAGGUUCAGAAAGGGAUUGGUCUGGAUCUUCAGAUAGGAGGUACCGAGAUGAUAGAGAACCAGGCUAUGACAGAGAUAUGCCUCGAGAAAAAGAUACGGGGCAUGAUCAUGAGUGGUCAGAAAGGAGGCAUCGCGAUAGCAGUGUUAGUGCGCGAGACAGGGAGAGGGAGCGGAAUCCUGGUCAUUCUCGAGACCGUGAGCGUGAACGUGGGAGGGACCGGGACCGUGAUCGUCAUCGGGAUGACAGAGAUGGAUAUGCUGAUCAUCAUAGGUACAGGGACCGGGAGCCAGAAUAUGAUGAUGAAUGGGACAGGGUAAGAUCAUCCAGGACUCACAGCAAAUCAAGACUAUCACAUGAGGAAGAGCGUAGGUCAAGAUCAAGGGAUGCUGAUUAUGGGAAGAGGCGACGCCUAACCUCUGAGUAA